UUUCAUUAAGCCUCUUUGCCAACUGUUUCCCUUUUCCUCACUUUCAAAUUUCAAUUUCACCUGCUGAUUAGGGAAGAUGAGCAGAAGGGCUGCUGUUUCUGCAAUCGAUCUCAUUCAUGGAAAAGGAUUUCUCAAUCGAUGGUCUCAUAAAUCGGGUGUUCUCUCUCCUCUAUCCUCUCUCUUCUCCUCCAAGGCUUUUCAACCUAAGCGGCGCCCAAUAGAUUUCAGUACUGUUAAAGAAUUAGAUGAUGCUAUUAAAUUGUUUGGAAAAAUGAAGAGUAUGCGGCCUCAGCCUUCUAUUCGAGUGUACAACAAUCUUAUGAGUGUUAGUGUAAAGAUUGAGCAGUAUUCUUUUGCCCUCAAUGUGUUCGACGAAAUGCUUCAAAUGGGUUUCCCGGUUGAUAUGUACACUAUGAGUAUUGCAAUUAACUGUUGCUAUCACUUGAAAGAUAUAUACUCUGGUUUUGCUAUAUUGGCUUUCUCUUUUAAGAGUGGUUACGAACCAGAUGCUGUGACAAUCAGCCAUCUCAUUAAAGGGUUGUUUUUAGAGGGUAAGGAGGCAGAAUCUGUGAAAUUAUUCCAAAAGGUUCUGGAUUUAAAACUUUGCGAGCCUGAUCAGGUUAUGAUUCUGCACUUGAUAGAUGGGUUAUGCAAAACUGGACAGGUCAUUGCGGCUUACGAUUGGGUUCGUAGAUUAGAAAGUUGUGGGCUGAGGCCCGACGUUUGGGCUUAUAGCGCAUUAAUUGAUGGGUUCUGCAAGGUGGGAAAUGUGGAUGGCGCUUUGCCACUUCUACCUGAGAUGACCAGCAAGGGUAUUUUACCCAAUGUGGUCACAUAUAAUGCACUUAUUGAUGGAUUUUGUUUGAAAGGUGAAGUAGAUAAAGCAAAACAGUUAUUAGAUUCCAUGGUAGAGAUGGACCUGAAACCUAAUAUUUUAAGUUAUAGCAGUUUAUUAAAUGGAUACUGUAAGAAGGGGCGUGUGGAUGAAGCUCGGCUUGUUUUUCAUGAUAUUUCAUGUAAAGGUUUGCUGCAUAAUGUGUUUACCUAUAAUACUAUGAUACACGGAUUAUUUAGUGCAAAUAAAUUUGCCGAGGGCUGGAAACUUUUUGAGAAUAUGGAAGAUCAACAAAUGUGUUUUCCUGACUUGCAUACUUAUACUAUAUUGUUGGAUGUACUGUGUAGCAAUGGAGAGAUGGAUAAGGCUGUUUCAUUAUUGCGCCUGAUUGAAGAUAAAGGAUUUACCCCUAAUAUUGUUAGUUACAACAGCUUAUUGAAUGGAUAUUUCAAAAAGGGAAGCAUGUAUGAAGCUUGGCUCCUUUUUCUUGAAAUUCCCAAUAAAGGCUUGGUGCGAGAUAACCGUAUUUAUAAUACCAUGAUACACGGAUUAUUUAGUGCAAAUAAAUUUGGCGAAGGCUUGAAACUUUUUCAGAAUAUGAAAGAUCAACAAAUGUGUUUUCCUGACUUGCGUACUUAUAAUAUAUUGUUGGAUGGGCUGUGUAAUAAUGGGGAGACUGAUGAGGCUCUUUUGUUGCUGCGCAAGAUUGAAGAUAAAGGAUUUACCCCUGACGUAGUCACGUACGGUGCUCUCAUAAAUGGAUUAUGCAAAAAUGGAAAACAUGGCCUUGCGAGACAUCUUUUCAAUCAACUUCAAUCAUAUGGUGUACAACCUAAUGUUCAGAUAUAUACUAUAAUCAUUGGUUCAUUUUGUCAAGAAGGGUCUUUCGAGGAGGUAAAACGUUUGCUGUUAGAGAUGGAGGAUCGCGGCUGUGGACCUAAUCGUGCAACAUACAAUGUCAUCAUCAGGAGUCUGCGAAAGCAAAACAAGGCUCACAGGGCAAGAUCAUUCAUGGAAGAAAUGCGUGAAAAGGGAUUCUCUACUGAUUCUGCAACUUCUUCGGUGCCAAGUGGAGAUGAUAUUUUCCUCAAAUUUAUGAAGGACCUUGCAUCCAAGGAAAUUGUAUCCUAGUCCGUAUCAAGUGGAGUGCAGGGCGAGGAUCGAUGCAGCCCAAGAGGUUUAUGUCUCGGAGCUUCAAGCCGGAUUCAAUUUUUUGUAUGCUUGUGAUGUAUGAGUUCCUUAAUGCUGCUGCGUGAUGCAAUUGAACAUGCGAAUAUGAUCAGAGUAUAUUUGUUUUCAAAACUUGUUAUAUUUGGAUGAGCUAAAUGGUUAGUUGCUGAGGAUUCUAUCUACAUUUUGGUAACUGAGAAUUCAUUUUCAUUUUGUGCU